UUGAUAUGGUUCUGACAACUGGUGGUUUUGUAAUAGUAACAGUCCAUACUUGAUCUAGAAGACCCAGAAUUACUAGCUUCCCAUCUUGCCCAAAUAGAUGUCUACUUGUGCUAUAUAAAUACCUAGUGGAAACCUUAGCCACCAUGUUUCCACCACCAUAUUUACUGCUUUAUGGUGCCAAAUCAGGAUCAGUACACCACUUGCCAGAACAAAAUCAUUCAUGGCAGUGAAGGAAAGCAACACAAGCCAAAAUAUUCAGCUGCAGCAACAGCAGCAGCAGCAGCAACAGCAACAAGCUUGUGACCCUUGCAAGUCUUUUGGCCAAAAGUGCAGUCACUUGGUCAAGAAGCAGCGUGCCAAAUUCUACAUUCUUCGCCGCUGCAUCGCCAUGCUUUUGUGUUGGCAUGAGCGUGGUGAGACAUAAUAAUACCAAGACCUGCAACACAGUAUCAUCCAUCCCUUUCUCUCUAUCAUUGUAACAUAAAGAGGUUCUCACGGAAGAUACUAAUUGGAAACUAACUUGGCAUUGCGGUGAAACCAUUGUACGUGUAUGAAGGAAUACAUGCAUUUGUUGUAUUUAUUUAAUAGGAAGAAAUUGAGUUACCCAGAUUUAAUUUCAUUCACCAGGCCCUGCAUGUGAAAAGAAGAACUGAAGUUAAAAAAUGUUUGAUUGUUGUGAGGUGAUGAUACAGGGUGGUUAGCAGGACUCAGCAAAGGUUCAAAAGUGCAGAAGAGUUUAGAAGAGUAUGAGUUGUUUAUGCAUCAAUUAUGAUGAAACCCACACCUUCAAAAUCCGAUAUGCAUGAUUAGUCAAUUUUUCAGACAAUGGUCCUCGUGCUGAGGAAACAUCAGACAAGAUCAAGCCUCAAUUUAAUUUUAUUUUUCCUCGGUUCCAUCGCCAUUCCCUUUUUUAACUUUCCACUUUUUCUAUAAUAUUCUGUGUCCUCAAAUCCCACACCGUCGUC